CUCUCCAAAAAUAGAUCUUCGUGUCCGGAAAGAAUCAGACGUUUUUACAAAGAGUAGAGAAGAGAGUAUCCGUUUUCAGUCUCUGGAAAAAUUUCAACUUUACUCUUUCACCCAACUUCUCUAGGGUUCGUUUUCUACUUACAUUUGAAGAGAAAAGGAAUGUUUGAGCAACAACAUUUUGUGGAUUUACAAGAUAAUAAUGGGAGUAGUCAUGGUGGUGGAGACCCAAAAUCAUGGUUAUCCGGAGAAGCUCAGUCAUCUUCACCAAAUCAAAAGCCUCCUACUUCUGGAAAUGGAAGUAAUUUUGAUAAAGUACUGUACAAGAACCUUGUUGAAAUGGUACCGCUGGUUGAAUCUCUCAUGGAUCGUAGAACUAAUCCGUCAUUUACUCGGCGAGCGUCUCUGAUCUGCACAAAGACUCCAUCUGGAGAUUCAUUUAAUAAGAAGAUUGGUGAACCAAAAGGAAGGAAAGCAACUCAAUCUAUACCUGGUAAAAAGAGAAGGGGUCUUGGAGAUAAUGACCCAAGCAUAAAUGGUUGUGCUGAUGAGUUUAAGAUGUUCUCAUCAAGGGCUUCGCCGGGAAAGGGUAGAGAAGAUUUGAUUGCUCUACAGGAACAAGUAGAAAAUUUACAAAAGAAAUUACUGGAGAAAGAAACACUCCUUAAAUCGACAGAGACUUCACUGGAUCAGAUGAACUCAAUGAAUGUGACGCUUGAGGAACUAAGACGCCAAGCCGCAGAGAAGGAUUCAUUAAUUAAAUCUGCUCAUUUGCAGCUUUCUGAUGCAAAGAUCAAGCUUGCAGACAGGCAGGCCGCCCUGGAAAAAUUGCAGUGGGAAGCGUCCAUGUCUGAUAAAAAAGCUGAGAAGCUACAAGAGGAAAUCGAUUCAAUGGAGGGAGAGGUUUCCGCUUUUAUGUUGUUACUUGAAGGAUUAUCGAAGAAUGACUCCAAACCCUAUGCUGAAGAUUAUGAUGCCACUCCGUAUCAUUCAGAUAUUCCGUAUAUGGGUUAUAUGGAUGAGAAGGAGAUGCAGGAAAUGGAAGAGGCAAGAGAGGCAUAUAUCUCUGCUCUUGCAACUGCAAAAGAAAUCCAAGAUGAGGAUUCACUAGCAUUGGCUGUCAAGGCAAGACUACGGCUUCAAUCUUUUGUUCUAGGAACUAAAAUUUCUUCUAGAUAAAAAAAUAAGCAAUGCUGAGUUGUUUGAUUGUAGUAACUCGUAUAUGACUAACAUGUAAUGGUAAUCGUAUAUCAAGAUUUGUGUUGUUAUAUCACAUUCAAACCGACUUCUGUCCAUUACUAAUUUUAAUGGUUUUGUUUACCUGGUAAA